CAUAGUUGCACACGCAUACACCUACACAUGAACACACACCUACACACACACAUACACAUAUACACAUGCGCACAAUUUUGGGGUUUAGUUGAUAUAUAUAUAAUUCAGUUCCUGGAUUUAGUUUGCUAAAUCCGAGAAAGAACACGUUAUGUAUUCCCAUUUCUGUCUCUUUAUAAGUGAACAUGAUGAAAUGUGCAAGAGAUCCUGUUAUACUAAAUACUUAUAGACUGGAGAGGAAACGAUUCCUGUGAUUAUAGAAGAAAAAAAGGACUUCGUUAAUCUUGCUUCACGUCAAAUUAAUAGGAAUGAAAUUCUGUUUUUAAUAAGUGAUAUGAUAUAACUGUUUACAUUUUGAAAUAUUUCUUUGAUUGAACAAUUAGCCAGUGAUUCUCGUUGAUUUCUGCUGAUAAAAACAUUUUUAAAAAGACUUAUGGAGCAACGUUGAGAAGAAAUAUUGAUGUAUAAAACCCAGCAAAAAAAGCAGACUGCCGAACCGUCCUCAGCGCUAACGAACGCCAGUAUUUUCUUAAUCAUCAAUCAGCUCUGAAACUGAAAGGUUGGAUCAUUUUUUUCUCUUAAUCUUCAUCAACACGAAACGGGCGAACAAUUAAAAUGAAACUGUUAAUCUCAAAACAACCACUUGCUCUACUUAUUGUUAUCACAUUAUUAAGUAUAUCGAACGGUCAAUAUGAAUGCAAUUCAUUGAACUGCGUGCUUCCGAACUGCAAUUGUAAAAGCUCAAAUAUACCACAUGGGUUGUCGAAAGAUGUCGUACCACAGCUUGUCAUGAUUACAUUUGAUGAUGCAGUCACAACAGAUAACUAUGAGACCUACAAUCAUUUAAUGACCGGGAUUACGAAUCCGAACGGCUGUCCAAUCAGUGCUACUUUCUUUGUCUCACACGAAUACACUGAUUACAAGACAGUACAGCAACUCCAUUCACAGGGACACGAAAUUGCCAGUCAUUCGAUUUCACAUCGUUUUCCACCAUCUUGGUGGCAAACAGCUAAUUAUACUGAUUGGUAUUCGGAAAUACAGGGUCAGCGUGAAAUGCUUUCUACUUGGGCUCAUAUCGAUAAAUCCGAAAUCAAAGGUAUGCGUGCCCCAUUUCUACAGCCUGGGGGAAACUGGCAAUUUCAGAUUAUUUCAGAUUUAAAACGCGAUGGUUUUAAAUAUGAUGCUUCUUUAGUCUCUUACAUUCAUAAAAUUGAUCCAUACGCUCCUCCAAUAUGGCCGUAUACCCUAGACUUUCCUUCAGUUGAUGAUUGUGGGGUAAAACCGUGUCCUGAUUGGACAUUUCGUGGUUUAUGGGAAAUUCCAUUGGUCGAAUACGAAGACAAAGACGGUACUCUUUGCGCUAUGUUAGAUGAAUGUGAUGCAGCUAGAUCAGAAGAAGAGCUUUAUAAUGUCAUUAUGAAGAACUUCGAGAACCAUUACAAUACCAACAGAGCUCCUUUCGGAAUUUAUAUGCAUUCACCGUGGUUAAAAAAUCCUUCUAAUUUUAAUGUGGUUCGGCGAUUUAUGCAAGACAUAGCUACUCGGGGUGAUGUUUGGUUUGUGUCACAAUCAAAAGUACUUGAUUGGAUACAAAGUCCUAAGACACUUCAAUCGAUGGACACGUUUUCAUCAUUUAAUUGUUGGUUACACCGCAGCCCCUGGGUGUGUACAGACGACCAGUCUAUUACAUGUGUCUAUGAUACUUCUGGAUUUCUAGUCUGGCCGAGAAGAAUUUCAAAAAGAAAUGCUGUUUAUCCGAAAACUAAUAUUUCUACUGUCUUAGAUCAGGAGUAUUUCAAUCGGCAACAAGCUCGAGCAACACGUAAAAUGAAGCUUUGGAGUCAGUCGACCGGAUUAAAUUUUCCAGGUAGGACUACAGAAGCCCUUUAUAAUGACGCAACUCCAUCUUACGACUAUGGAGAAGCAUAUGGUGUAUAUUACAACGGUCAAAGUGAACCAGGCUUCAUACCAUAUCCAAAACCAAAUGAAGAUGGAAAUCAUCAAGAAGGUUAUUAUUCUGAAGAAUCUGGAACACCAGAACGAGAAGCAGGUGACGCCAAAUUAACAUCAAAUCUUCUUGCGUCUAUUUUAGGUCCAAAAAACAAGGCGAGAAUCGGUGUUAGUCGUAAAAAGAGACAGUCCAACACAUUCCAUGAACUUCACAUAUGUUCGGAAUAUUGUCCCUUUCGAUACCCUUGGCUUAACAAUAUCGAUGGCCAAUAAGAUAGAUAUACCAAACACGUACAAAAAUGUAUUAUUUUCCUUUUUUCCGAAUUUUGUUUAGAGUGUUUUAGGUUUUGAUUUUGAAAUAACUUUUUAUGGCUUAGUCAGUGGAGCCAAGUCAGUGCUUAGCACCCUCUUCAGGGCCUCAGUCACUGGUAGAAGUGGAGACCUAGCCUAAAUACUUACCGUAGAGUACACACCAAUAAAGGUGCCCAAAGACCAGUUAUUACAUUAAACCUUUAAUAUACAGAUUAUCCUGUCAAAUGUAAUGCUUAUUUAUUCACAUUGUUUUGAAUUAAACAGGCAUUAUCUCGUAGCUUCGAGAUUUCGAUGAUAUGAUUGUUUAUUUUUUUAGAAUGGCAUUGCAGGGUAAGUAUGAGGGACCAGAUCUGUUCAAUUUGAACAUAAAACAGAAAGGAUUUUUCAGCCGGAUAAGGACAGUUUAAGCGCUAAGAGUUAAAUAAAAUUUCGCUUCUACCCAAGCCAAGGAACAAUCCCUCUGACAGGUUGCCGCACAGUUUCCGUCUACCAAAUUCUAAUCACAAAAUUUUGAGCUAUUUGGAGCUAUGGUAGAUGAAACCUAUUCAAAAUUCCGUGCAGCAGGAACAAACCCCAAACCAUAUAACUGAAGAGAACUCCUAAACUGUACAACCACGACUAAGCCAGAAAGCAAAGACGACAUUCAACAAGCAUCAACUAUCAGCAAUAGAUUCACUUUAUCUAUAGGUUCCCAUAUAACGGUGUAUAUACGGGUUGUAUAUUAGGUUCUCAGUAUUUAAUGCUGGCAGACUUAUGAGGCACGCGGUACACUGAAUUACCUCCUGGUUUACCAACUCGGACUUCUUGGAUUAUCAUUUCAAUUAAAUUCGAGUUGCCUUUCUGGAUUACAUCGGAUCUAUGUUAUUGUAUUAUGUACAUGUGAGUGUGUGCAAAC